UGUAUGUACGUUCUCUGGCUGAUACUUGCAAGCGAUUGUCGGCAUGCAUUUUUCUACCGAUUAAUUCUCAUCGAUUGCAAAGUUAUCACAGCGCCAAUAGAAAACAGCUGUUCACGAAAAUUUACUUCAAUUGCAGUGUGUGUCAGCAAGUAAUUUAUUUGUUGAUUUCGAUCGUAAAUUUUAUAAAAUAAAACUUUUCUAUAAACUAAAAAGAUUUUAAAAUGGGCACAAAGAUUGUGAAUCGCAUAAUGCUAAUUGCUGGCCUAAUAAGUUUGCUACACUCUGCUUUCUCUGCCGCGCAUCAUCGCACUUAUUUGCGGUUGACAGAACAGGAUUGGACACGUCUACCCGUUGAUAUUGUUGUGCAAAUCGUUGUUAGCCUCCUGGUUGUUGUUUACAAUUUAAUUCAAGUGGUUGGCAAUUUCAAGGAAAUACGUGCAACAGUUGACAUGCAAGAGAAAUCCUGGGACACUUUGGGCAACCUGCCUUCAUUCUAUACAUUCAAUCAUCGUGGUAUGGCUCUUUAUCAAAAUUAUGAGCCUGAAGAAUCUUCGAGUGCCGGCGGUAGUAAGAGUAGUCUAGAUGUAGAUUAUUAGACCAAAAACAGUGUAUUUAUAUUUGAAUUAGUAUUUUGCUUAUACGUUUUAUAAGCAAAACUUGCGUGUAAAAUAAAUCGUAAGCAAGUUUUUAGAGGAAA